CAGCCCCCGUCCGCUCGCUCGCGUGCCGCCAGCCCCCACCUCUCGUCCAACUCCUGUCCGCGUGUUUGUUUCUGCUCCUCUUUCUAGGAAAAGCUGCUACGGCGACUUAUUGAUUUCUCCUCCUCCUGCAUAGCUAAGGACCCAGCGACAGAUGCUCUCGGAGACCUGCGUAACAGGAGUUCCGCUCUUUGUGUUCCCUUUCGCGAAAAAGAAGUAUAUUUCCCCUGCUCCCGAGGUUCCUCAGGCAGUCAAUACAGAGAGAGCUUGCCACCGCGCAGUACGCCGUGGCGGCCCUACUGCCUGUGGCUUACUGCCUUAGAUCACGCGCGUACUGAUUGCGGCUGAUGAGAGCUUAAUUAAUUUCAAACUUCGAGCGGUAUUUUGUGCCGAAUCUUAGCGCCCGGACGUUAAUUACUCCAUGUAAUUAUACUUGCACCAGCGCCGAAUUCACGUCGCGUUGUAAUUCCGGGCCGAUCAGCAAUGCGGGUCCGUGUUGCGCUGAAAAGCCUUUUGUCUUCCAGAGCGUGAGCUUGAACCUCCGCGCUAACGCCCGCUUCCCGCUCGUCAUUUAUUCUUUCGUACUUCGCAAGGCGUGACGCGCGUCUGUGAAUGCGUUGACAGGUAGUAUCUAGUCCUGUUUGUGACAGUUUCUUUUAUUAGUAAUACAAUGGCUAAAGUGGACCAUUCCACAAGGUUUUAUCAAAAAAUGGCAGAGUUGCAGGAAAAGCUGAAGAGAAGAGAAGAAAAAAGAGUUCGUUCUCUGAGGGAAAAGUAUGAGAAAUUUUUAGAAGAUGACAAAAGGCGGCGAGAUCGUAAUGAAAGAAUAUUACAAACUCUUGAAAAGAUAGAAAGUCGCGCAUCAGCAUUGAGUGCUAAGAGUGAAAGGCUGAAACUCUUAAGAAGACAUUAUGAAGCCUAUCUUGUUCGAAUGUAUCCACUUUGGAAGAAACAAGUAAGUUCCACAUCUCAGCCAUCACUUCCUACAAAUCAUACUCUGACUUUACCAAUGGAUACAGAAAAAGGUUUGCCAUGGUUUGGAGGUGGCAGUGGCCUGUAUUCAAAUAACAUGCCUUUACCAAGUGCUCGGAGUUCUCUAAGUGCUGAAAGUGAUCAAAUGUGGGUGCCCCCAGUCUUGCCCAGAAAUAUUCCUAUGUGUGAUAAUUCUAAACAAACUAUUGUACAUAAACCAAUGGAGAGAAAAAAUAGUGUAAUAGAGAGUAUCAACCCUGCUGUUGAAUGUGCUUUGGACAAUUAUUUACAACGUGCUGCCGAAUUGCUGAGAGUGCCUGUUGAAGAAUUAGAGGAUCAUAGUGAGAAGCGUGAUGAAGAGAAAAGUGUGCAUACAGAACAGGACACAAGUCGAGAUUUACUUAAUGUUUCACUUUCUGAUGAUAGUAUUCUUUUUGAAAAGAAAACGGAGAAACCCAAAGGAAAUGCAAUUAUUGUCAACAUAAAAGAAAAUAUUGAAGAUAUGAUAGAAGAAGAGAAAUAUAUUCCUGAAAUAGACCAUAUGGCAGGUGGAGAUAACAUGAUUUCAAAUUUGCAGACUGACAGAUUUCAUCAGCAAAAUGUUUUGAAUCUAUCCAAGGUGACUAGAAGUAGUCCAAGUGCAAGAGAGGAGAAUAUGUAUAGUAAUAUUGUACCAGAUAUUACUAAUGUAAACACAAAUAUUUCUCAAAUUCAGUGCAUACCAUCAGAGCAAAACCUGUUGACUAAUAAUGCACAUCAAAACUCAAAAUUAAAAGAGGAUGAUAAAGAGAGAUUAGAAAUUUCAGAUCUGCAUAAUUUACAAGUUAUUUCAGAUAAAAAUAUCAAGUACAAUGAUUUAGAUAAUAUUGAUUUUCAAGAACCAUGUGCAAAUGCUGCUGAGCACAAGUAUGCUGAUAACACCUCUACAAAUGAUGCUUAUGAAAGUGUGCAGCAUCCAGCUUCUGACUUACAACUUAAUGAUCAACUUAAUUUACCUGGCACAGACACUGAAACUCCUAAAAAUGUGGAGCAUUUACAUUAUGAUUUGGUGCAAGAAACAACAAAUAAAGAACAAGAAUGUUCUGAAAACAUAGGUCAAAAUGAGAAUGAUUUUCUCCUGCAAAACAGAGUUAUUCCUCAAGAAUGUAUAGGAAGUGAAGAUGGUACUUCUCUGGUAACAAAAUCUGAUGAAAAAGAGCAGCCUACUGUUACUGUUGAUGAAUCUCAAAUAGAGAAUUAUAAUCAAAAUGAAGAAAAUUUUGGUUUACAACCUAGUGAUAAUAAUGAAAAUUAUGGACUCCAAAAUGGAGAUGAUAUAGAACAGUUUAAAGAAGAACAUUGUGUUGAAAACUUUGAUCUCCAGUAUGAGCAUUAUCCUAUUAGCACACAACAAUAUGAACAAGAGCAGUUUGUUGGUGAUGAAACACAGCUUUAUAAUCAACAAUAUCCAGAACAACGCAGUAAUGAACAAUACAUAGAAAAUUCAGAACAGCUUGUAGAAGAAUGUGUGAACAAUGAUGAAUAUGUAGAUCAGUAUGGACCCAGUGAAGAGGGGCAUCUGGUAGAUGCUAAUCAUCAAGCACUAAAUUAUCAUGAUGUUCAAGGGGAAAAUAUCAGUGAGGAACAAGUAUAUGGACAAAAUGAAGACCAAACCUAUAGUGCCGAUUCUGAAGGAGAAUCUCAGACACAUGUAUCAAGUUCACAAUUUGCACCUGAUGUAGGUAUAAAUGGAGGUGAUGUAGUGAAUAUGUAUCAGGCAGAAGGGAAUGAAAUACAGAAAGACAAUAUGAAUGACCAAGAAUGCACUUCACAAGAAAAUAAACCAACACAAGACAAUAAUUACCUGGAUGAAAUACCUGAGAAUAAAGAGGGGAUAAUAAAGAGCCAUGUAAUUCUUGAAGAAACAAUGGGGAAUGUAGAGGAAGAAAGUGAAGUUCAGGAUCAACAAUCUAUAGAUGUACAUGUUACAGAGCAAGCUUUGACCCAACCUAACAAUACUACAGCUAUUGAGGAUGACUCAGAAGAAAGUUCUGCAGGUUUCUGGAAUCCUCCACAUCAUUCUAGCAUCCCCAGUGUUGAUGAACUUGCACCUAAGGCUGCUAUUGCCAUAGAGGACACUUCAGAGAGCUCAGCAGAUUCGAAGCUGGAUCCACCUGACAAGCCUCACACUGUGCAACAGUUACGCAGUCUCCUGGGAGUUCCUUCUGAUCCUGCAGGUGAUGCAUCUGUCAGUGAUGAAGAUGAUUUGGAAGAUCAGUUAGCUGCAUUAGUUGAAGAUCCUUCUGUUAGAACUCCUGCAGUUGUUGAAACAAAACAUAAUACUACUAAAGAAGUCAAACUAACAGAGUCAAAUCAAAAAGUGAAGGAAGGAAAUCCAGUCCCAACUGAACAGUCUAAAUCAAGAUCUCAGAAGGAUUCCAAGACUAGUAAAUCUUCAGAGAGUGCCAAGCCCUCAACACGAACUGGCUUAAAAAAGCCUCCUUCAUUAAUCAAGGUUUUGGAGUCUGAUACUGAAUCUUUAAAUCUGGACACAGGAGCAGUAUCAAAUGUUGACAGUGAUGAAUUUGAUUUUAGCACGGAGUGAGCUUUUGUUUCUGUAAUUUCAGAAAUUUAUAUUUUUGUUUAAUGUCAGUUAUAAAGAGUGAAUUCAUUGUCAGUCACUUCUCUUAGUCAUUGCCCAAUUGUAGUAUAUGAAUUAUUUCAUUUUGUGUCAGAUUUUGUAAGUAAGAUGGAUGUUCUAGUCUCAGUUCAGUUCAGUGACAUUCGAUCAUUAGAGGAGUAGCAGUUGUUUAUUUUUUAUCUGUUUAUAUAAGAAUUAUAAGAAGUCACUUUUCAGCUAAUUUUUGUUAUCAUGUUUUAGAUUAGUUGCUAUCUCUUAACUCUCUUAUUGAAUUGAAGACGUCUAUAAAUAUACCACAGAAGCUAGAAAAAUGCUGUGUGUUGAGAAGCAUUUUUGCUAAUUAAAAGCAUAGAUGCGUACACACUGGGGGGGGGGAUGCUGUGAAAAUUUUAAAUGGGCUCUAUAGCCCUAUCUCAGAAAGCAUUGUAUUGCCAUAAAUAUGAUCUAUUCCUUAUUCUCACAUUUUUUGCUAACAAUUUGGGAAAGAGGGGACCUCGAAAUGUAGUCCCUCCCCUCUUCUUUAAAGCUGCACCUGCCCGUUAUUAGAAGAAACAUAUUUGAUUUUGAUUUCUAAGGGUUAAAAAGUACAUUAAAAGUAUUUUUCAAGGCUUCAAAACAUAUUAAUUUCAAUAAUUUAAGUUGUUAAUCAAAUGUGAGUUGAUCCACAAUAAUGGUAUUUAUAAUAAUUUGAUAAUUAUUAUCAAAUUUCAAAAAUGUUUUAUUCCCUCUUUACAUUGCAGAUUAGUUUUGCAUUCAAAAGCAGCAAAUAAAAAACAAUGACAUGUUUUCUGGUAUUGAUUUUUUUAAAUUUGAAUUUGUUUAAUUUCAUUUCAAUAUAAAAUAUGUAUUACUUAGCGAAGUUUGAGAUAGUAUACAUUUUUCUUUUCCCCUUUACAAUAAUUGAUAGGCAACUUAUAUGUGGUGCUAAAAUAAAACCAUCAAUGGAAAUAUUAGUCACAUGAAUUGUAUAUUAAUAUUGUACUUAUGAUAGAAUAGAUAAUAAAAUUUGUGUUGUUUUUUUUCGUAUGUUAUAGGAUGUUGUAUUAAAGAUCUGAUUUCUUUUUAUAUGAAUAAUAAAAUUUUAGCUUUGGAAACUUCUGUUCAUAGUAGCCUGUACCUGCCUUUUCGUGUUGCAUUAGUCUUAGUAAGGUUUGAGAUUCCUGUAUUUUAUUGAAGUUAAUGAUAUAAAUUUUAUGAAAAAUUCUUGUAGUUUUAUAUAACACUGUGCACUUUUACUUAUUGUAAAGAAGGAAAUAAUAUAAUCAAUAUUUUAGGAAAUGGCAUGUUAAUUUAUUUUUAUGAAGCUGUUGAAGCAAAAGUUGCUGCAAUAUUUGCAAAAGUUGUAUCUGGUUACAGUAAUAUUUACAAAUUGAUUGUUAAUAUAUCUCUUCCUAGAAUAUCUUUCUCUGUCUCCUGUUUAUUGUACAAGAAUAAAAUAUGUUUCCUGAAUAA